CUGCCUGUGUACGCGUCGAGGGGGUCUAAUUUGACAUUUUUUAGUUAUUACUUUGGUUGUAGACAGUGCACAGAUUAAAAUUAUUUUACAAGAGUUUACCGUUAUUCUUCGGGACGAGUAGGCAACGAUGGCGGUCGUCCUGCUUCAGGCUCUGGAGCGGACGGAGCUGAAUAAGCUCCCGAAAGGCAUCCAGAACAAGCUGGAGAAGUUUGUAACGGAGCUGCAGAAUGCUAACGAGGCGCUCCAGACGCAACAUGAGCGAUUCAAAGCAGACAGCGAGCAACAGUACUUUGACAUGGAGAAGAGAUUGGCGGAGAGUCAGGAACAGAUCUUGUCUGCUACCAAAGAUCUGCAGACCCUGAAAGAGGAAAAUAAAAAGCUCAAUGAAGAGUUGAGCACUCUAAAGGGAAUAGAAGGAGAGAGCACCGAAGAUAAACCAUCGCAACAGCAAACCAAGACCAAGUAUGAGAUUGAGGCAGAGAAGAGAGAGCUGGAGCGGUUGCUAGAGAAGAGAACACAGGAGGUGGAGAAUGUCUCUGAGGAUGUGAAACGUCUCAAUGAGAAACUGACAGACUCAAACAAAGUGAAGAUGGAGCUGCAGUUAAAACUGGACGAGAUACAGUCAUCUGCAGCUUCUGUACAGCACCGGGAGAAGCGUAUGGAGCAGGAGAAGGAGCUGCUUGAGAAGAAGAUCGAGUGGUUGACUGCAGAGCUAAAGACCAAAACUGAGGAACUGCUGAACACCAACAGAGAGAAAGGCCAAGAGAUCCUGGAGCUGCAGAGCAGUCUGAAGAGCAGCGAGCAGAAGGUGGCUGUACUGGGAAGUCAACUCACUGUUCUAAAGGAAACCAGUGAAAGUCAGAAUAAAAGAGCUGAAGACCUCAACAACAAACUGAAACAGGUCAAAGAUGAGAAGAGCGCCAUGGAAGAGAAGUACUGCAACGAACUCAAUGCUCAUGUCAAGUUGUCUUCACUCUAUAAGGGGGCAGCAACAGACAUGGAGACAAAGAACCAAGAACUGAGCAGAGCUGUUGAAGAACUCAGCAAGCUAGUGAAAGAAACGGGGGAAGCCAAUAAGGCUCUAGAAAAGAAGGUGUCAGAGGGUGAGGAGCUAAAGACUCGGCUUGAAGAAGAGCUUAAAGAUAAGAUCAAGAAAAUGGAAAAGGAGUUAGAAAAUGCUACAGUGAAGGCUGCAGGCAAACACUGCUGCAUGCCUUCUAUGACUGAAGAACAGUUGGAUGCCAUGUGCCCUUCAGCAGCCUCCAUUGCAGCGAUUGUCAAACCUGGGAUGAAGUUCUUUGAUCUGUAUAAUGCGUAUACUGAGUGUCAGACACAGCUUCAGCUGGAGAAGCAGGAGACAAGGAGAGUGAGCCGUGUGCUGGAUGAGAUUGUUCAGGAGGUCGAAUCCAAAGCUCCUGUCCUGAAACAACAGAGGGAGGAGUACGAGAGCAUGCAGAGAUCCAUGGCCUCCCUGUGCAACAAACUGGAGCAAGCUCGAACAGAAAUUUACAGUUUGCAAAAAGAGAAAGAGGAGGUAAAGCAGCACUGUGAUACCCUGGAGAGAGAGAAACUGAGGACUGAAAGACUCUUGGAGGAUACAUCUGCUCAGGUGUGUGGUCUUCUGGUGGAGUUGGAGGAAGCCAGGGGCAACCAGGUGACCAAGGAUGACAGCAGCUCUGCUGACAUUUCUAGCACUUCAGAGGUGAUCAGCCCUCACCAGCUGUCUUUCCGCAGUGUGGAGGAGCUCCAGAGGCACAACCAAAGCCUUCUGGGAAGGCUGAGGGAGCUGGAGGAGGAGAAGGACAAACAGCAGAGCCAAGUAACAUCAGCACGGAUAUCAGAGUUGGAGUCCAGUGUGGAUCGACUUCAUAAGGAGGUGGAGCAACUGAGAGAGCAGAGGAACCAGCAGAAACAGCUGGCAGAGUCAAAUGCCAGGCAGAGAGACAUGUACAAGGCUUUGCUGACACAGAGCACUGGCUUCAGUCUGCCUCCUCAAGGUCAAGACUCUUCUCCCCAGCCUGCACACGGCCGCUCUUCAAUACCAGCUGCUCGCUCUACUCCUCAGAGAGCUGCUGCUGCAGAGUCGGCACAGAGUGCUCAGACAAAAGCAGCUUUAAAACAGCUCAAUGACGCCUUCACGCUGUAUAAGAAGGAGAAGGCAGAGAACGACAGGAUACUGAAUGAAACCAAUGAUCGGCUACAAAGGCAGCUGACAGAACUCCGCUCCAGCCACGCCAAGCUGACUUCUCAGCUGGAGUUCAGCAACAAGCGAUACGAAAUACUCCAGGAGGCUGUAUCAGCAUACCGCCGAGAGAUCGUUAUCCUUCAGGAGAGGAACCAAAAGAUGUCUGCAACAGCCCAGCGACACGAGCACAUUAUCCACACAAUGAGCCAGGACCUGAGACAGGCUAAUGAAAAAAUUGCUCUGGAAGAGGUGCGUGUGGAGAACCUGACUAAAGAGAGAGACAUGUUGAGACAAGCAGAGAGUCGACUGAGUCGAGAGAAGGAAGCCAUGCUUGCUGAACAACGUAACCAAAACUUGUUGCUCACCAACCUCAAGACCAUACAGUUGACGAUGGAGCGUGCAGAAACAGAGACACGCCAGCAUCUGAACAACAAGAUAGAACAACUGGAGUCAGAACUUACUUCGAUGAAGACCAGACUAGAACAGGAAGUGGCACAGAGACAUGCCCUCGGGCGUACUAUGGAUGCUCAGUUGUUAGAAGCUAAGAAGCAGCUAGAGACCCAAAACACACUGCAGCAGAAGACCAGGGAGCUGCUGCGUAGCUCUGAACAGCAGGUGGCAGCACUGAAAGCCCAGCUGGCCUCUGCUACCUCCUCUGAGGCUACCAGCACCACCACCACGCCAGUUACCAGGGCCGUAGGCCUCCGAGCACCGUUGAGAGUGCGCUCUCCAGUCCCAGCAGCCUCCCAGCUAACCAGCCAAUCAGAGCAGGAGCUCUUAGAGGUGAAAGGUCUCCUGCGCAGUGUUGAGGAGAAAAAGAGUGAAUUAGAGGAACAGCUGAAGAGUGCUAAUGCCUCCGUAGAGCAAUAUAGAUCUGUGGUGCUGACUCUGGAAGACAGUCUAGAGAAAGAGAAGGAGCUACGUUCUCCUCUGGAGGUUCGUCUGAAAGAGUCGGAAGAGGUGCAGAAGCAGCUGGAGAAGAGGAUUUUAGAGUUGGAGAAAAUGAAGCAGCAAGAGCAAGAGGAAAGAAGAAAGGCUGUGGGUGCAGUGGAGAAACAAGUGUGUGAGCUACAACGCAGUCUGAAGGCCAGUCGGGUAGAGCAACAGGAGGCUCUGGAGAGGGCAACUGCUGCUGUAACUCUGGAGCAGAAGGCUGUACAGGACAGCCUGCUGCAGACUAAGCUAGCCGGAGAGGCACAGGCUAAGUAUGAGCGCGAGCUAAUGCUUCAUGCUGCUGAUGUGGAGGCUCUACAGGAACUGAAGAAAAAAUUCCAACAAGGAACAGCACAAAAGAUGGAGUUAGAGGAGGAAUUAAAGAAGACCACCUCCCUCCUGCAGGAGAAAACUGCAACCUGGAGUAUAGCAGAGAAAAAGCUGAAGGAGGAUCUGUCAAAUCAGAGCCGUCGCUGUGAGGAGUUGGGAAAGCAGAAUUCCCUCCUGCACGAACAAAUGGAUGAAAUAGCUGCUAAGAGCCGGCAGGUGCAACAACAACAGCAACCACAGCAGCUUGACUUGUCAUUCAGUGAGGAAGGAAAGACCACUGAGCAAAUACUAGAAAUACUCAGGUUUGUGCGGCGGGAAAAGGAUAUCGCUAUAGCACAAUGUGAGGCGUCUGACAGAGAGGCUCUUCGUUACAAACAGCGAGUGGAACACCAAGAAAGAGAAUUAACGGAACUACAAGAAACCCUGAAUGCUGAGAGGGAGAAGAUGCAGGCUACAGCAAAAACUCUAGUCCAGCAGGAAGAGCAGCUGAAGAAGAUGGAGACUAUCAGUGCUCUUCAGAAAACCAACAAGAUGCUGAAAAUGGACCGAGAUAAACUGGAGCAAGAACUGCAGCAAGCUCAGGCUAAAGUCACAAAACUCCAGUCAGACAUCAGCCCUCUGCAUCACUCUCUGUCUGUGCUGUCAGAGAAGAAUGGCUCCCUGCAGGCUGACAAGAGGCUGUUGGAGGAAGACCUUAAACGAUUAAAGGCCAAAAAUCAGCAACUGAUCAGCCAACAGAAAGACGGUGAUGUUGAGGAGAGACAGAAACUCACUACGGAGAGAGAGGCUCAACAGAAGCGCAUCACACAGCUGGCUGAGGAGACGGCCAAGCUGAAGGCUGAGCUGGCCAGAUCCAGUGCGAGUGGAAAUUUAGCUCAGUCGCAGCUACAUGGCCUCAGAGAGUCUGUUGCCCGCCUGACGUCCGAAAGAGACUCUCUGAAGAAAGACUUGGAAGCAAAAAACAACGACAUUGUGGAGAAGAAUAAGACCAUCACCCAGGUGAAGAAGAUUGGACGACGCUAUAAAACCCAGUACGAGGAGCUCAAAGCCCAGCAUGACAAGCUGGUCAGUGAAACAGCUACUAAAGCAGGAAGCGAGGUGGCUCCAAACCAGGAGGUGCAGCAGGAGUUGAAAAAAGCUCAGGAGCAGCUCAGCAAGACUCAGGAGGAGCUGAGUGCCCUGAAAGGAGAAGUGCAGAAAAAACAGGAGGAGGCCCAGAAGUCCCUGCAGGAGCUGGAGGGAGCCCAGAAGGAAAACCAGCAGCUCAAGGAAAAGGUCCAGGAGGUCCAAAACCAGCUGACACAGCUCCAGUCCCAGCUGUCCCAGACCCAGACUCAACUGCAGCAGAAUCAGAACCAACUAACCCAAAAUCAAAAAGAGCUUCAACAAGCUAAGAGUCACACCCAGCAGGUGCAGAACCAGUUAAAAACAGCUCAGUCUCAAGCUCAAGCCCGUCAGAACCAGAUUCAGCAGCUCCAAAGGGAGCUUCAGCAGGCUAAAGAAACCCUUCAGCAGAACCUCACCAGUCAGAAAGAGCUUCAGCAGACCCACCAAACCAGCCAACAGAGCCACAACCAGGAAAUCUCCAGCCUCAAGUCUGCUCUGAGCCAAGCAGAGAGCAAGGUGACUGAUAUUCAAGGCCAGUUGGAGAGCUUGCAGAAGACGGUUGUUGAGCGUGAAGCAGACGUAAAACAUCUGAAGGAGCAGCUAACUGAAGCCAAACAAGCUAAUGAAGCAAGCCGAACCACACAGGCCAGCCAAAACCAGAGUUCCCAGUCUGUCCACUCAAGUGAUGCUAACGCAGCUGCUGAGGCAAACCAGGCACAGCAAGAGGAGCUUGCAAAACUCAGACAGGAGCUGUCCGAGAGUAAAGUCAGAGAGGAGCAGCUCAAACAGCAGAUGGCUGACAAAGAAGAAAAAACGAAGAAGGCCUUCCUGGGAGCCAAGACCAAAAUCAACCAACUAAACAGUGCUAAAGAGCAGCUCAGUCAGGAGGUAGAAGAACUGAAGCAGAGUAAAGAGGAGCUGGAGGUGAGAAUGAAUGCCCUCAAAUCUCAGUAUGAAGGACGACUUCUUCGGCUGGACAGAGAGCUUAGGGAACGGAGAGAGACACAAACGCACUCUGACACCAGAGAAGAAACACAGGACCAGAGUGGAGCUAAGGUGGGUGAUCAGACGAGGUCUGCAGACCAGAGACAGAUAUCGUUGAAGAGUCCUGCACAAGACAGAGGAAGUUCCACUCUGUCUGAGCCUCCCACUGCCAACAUCCGACCCACCCCAAGUACUCCAUCUCCUAGCAACAAGCCGAGUCCCUCUCCUGGCAGCAAGGCCACGCCUCGAGCCAGCAUCCGUCCUUUGGUUACCCUGGCAACUGUCCCUGUCCCAACACCUAUGGCCACAGUAAUGCCGACCACACAGACUGAAAGCCAAGAGGCAGUGCUGAUGAAUACAUCAGCCUCUGUGCACUCUACCAGCUCCAGUAUGGUGAAUGCACCCACCUCCAUAACUCAGCCAAGCAGCACUCAGGCCACAGCGUUUGUUCAGCCCACUCAACAGCAGGCAGCCAGUCAAGAUGCAGGGCCCAGCGUGGAGGUGGAGCAGCCAUCUACAUCCUCAUCCCCCUCCUCUCUGAAUGUAACAGCAUCUUCAAAGCGAAGCAGAGAUGAUGAUGAAGAGGAAGAAGAAAGCAUACCCGAGAGCUCACACACCUCUCCAACCACCAAAAAGCUACGCCUCAAAGCAACAGCAGCAAUGCAGGUGGAAGGUGAUGAGGAGAUGGAAGGAGAGCUCAGGGAUGAAGAACGGCAGGAUUCACCAGAUGAUAGUCAGGAGCUCCCAGAACAGAGCUUCCCAGUCUUAGCGGGGGACGACAAGGAAAGUGAGGAAGAGGGCGUGUCCCAGUCUGUUCCCACUGACCUGAUGUCCUCCCAGGGCUCUGCCAUCAUCCGAGAUGUGAUUGUGAUCGACACCGACAGUGAGAGCCGUGAGAGUAAAGAUGGAGAGGAGAAGGAGGAGGAGGAGGAGGAAGAAGAUGAGUAUAAAGAGGAAGAGGAUGAUGAUGAAGAUGACGAUGCUGCUGACAGCGGAGUGAGGGCGGGAGAGGAAAGUAACGAGGAGAGCGGAGAGGCCGAAGAGCAGAGUCGGGAGGAGCUGACAGAAGGCACUAACACUGAGGAGAGUGUGUGUGGAGCAUCCUCAGGCUCACAGCACCCCAGUGAGCCAACAGCCAGUGGUGAAGGCAGCGUCGAUACCGCAUCAGAGUCCGACCACCCUAGAGACCCUUUACACCUUCCUCCAACCUCUGCCCCCUCACCCUCCUCAUCUUCCCUCACACCCCGGAUGCCACACACACGAAGGCCCCCACACCCACUCCCACCUCGCCUCUACAUCCAGCCUCCUGCUCCUGAGCUGGGUCCCCCACAAACACAGAGACAGGCUUCUCAGCUGCGCAGACCAUCGUCAGGACGUGGACCUCAGCUGACUCCUGUAAUAGGCAGUAUGCAGCCUUUCUUUGAUGAUGAUGACAGAAUGGUUCCCAGUACUCCCACUCUGGUUGUUCCACAUCGUACUGAUGGUUUCGCUGAGGCUAUACACUCGCCUCAGGUAGCAGGUCUGUCCACCAGGUUCAGGUUUGGACCCCCUGAAGAUCUGCUGCCUCAGACUUCAGCCUCACACUCUGACCUGGGACAGCUGGCUUCUCAAGGAGGUCUCGGUAUGUAUGAAUCUCCUCUGUUUCUGGCUGCUCAUGAUGAAGAUGGAGGAGGAAGGAGUGUCCCCACCACACCUUUACAAGUGGCUGCACCAGUGACAGUCUUCACUGAAUCCCUGCCCUCAGACAGCAGUGACAACAUGGCGUCCCAGUCAGUUCCCAUGGUAACUGCCUCUACUGGAAUGGCUGCUGCUACAGAUGAUGGAGAUGAGGUGUUCAUGGAGCAGGAAGUGGAGGGCCCUGGAAUUGAGUCUACCCUGGAGAGUCAGACAGACAUGGAAUCAGCAGGACAGCAAAGUGAUGAUGCGUCACUGCCAUCUACCAGCCAAGACCCUGACACAAGCAAUAUGACGCAGCGUCACACAGUGGCCAGUCAGCCUCUGGUGAGCAGCCUGUCGAGCACAGGACCUCGAGGAGUGAGACUAAUCAGCCGCAGAGGAACGUUCCCUCGAGAAGGGAGGGGAGGAGCUCUGGGAAGAGGAGGAAUCUCCUAAUGAAGAUAUCACCAGUGAAGGCUCAGUCAUCCUAUUCAGUAAAACAUAAACAAGGCAACAAAUUUAAUACAUUUUAGGUCCACUUAAAAUCAGACUAUUACUGGAGAGAUCUGACAGGUGUGUGAACUUCUGAUUGUGUUAUUUUGUUAGUUUUUCUUUUUUUUGUCCUCUGAUCUUUGGUUGUUUAUACAUGUGUUUUAAUAAUAAAGUGGAAAUAUGAGGAGCAGCAGUGUCAUGGGAUGCUUUUUAUUAAUAAAAUGAAGAAUAUUUUGGUAGGAUGUAGUGGAGGACACGAAGAUCAAUUAUGACAAAACAAUUUGUCAACAAUGACAAAAUAUUUCUGUUGAAUUGAUCAAAUAAUAAAA